UUUCCGUUUUCUCUUUAGAGCCCAAUUAGGCUUUUAUAUCAAAGGUUUCUAGCAGCACGUAACGAAACCACACGUAGCGAAAACUUUCUCUCUCUCUCAUCUGAACUCCUUUCUGCUUCUCUCUCAACUCUCUACUCGCUGAAUUUUGUCCUUCAGGGUGUGACCCUCCACAGUAAUUAUGGAAGCAAGCAGAGGGCAGAAUGGAAUUCAACUUUUGCUGGCUGCAGAACAAGAAGCACAACACAUUGUCAAUACAGCCAAAACUGCCAAGAUGGCUAGACUAAAACAAGCAAAGGAAGAGGCUGAGAGGGAGAUUGCCGAUUUUCGUGCACAAAUGGAAGCCGAAUAUCAGAGAAAACUCGCAGAGAGUAGCGGGGACUCGGGUGCUAAUGUGAAGCGUCUUGAACAAGAAACUGAUACUAAAAUCGAAGAGUUGAAGGCACAAUCAUCCAGUAUAUCUUCUGAUGUUGUUCAGAUGCUGUUGAAGUAUGUCACAACUGUGAAGAAUUGAGAUUGUUCUGAGAAACUUUAGAUGGGUUUUAGUGUUUGGCGAACAUUCUUUCCUUGGUAUCCAUGUUCGAUGGAACGCCUCUGCAUGAGACAUUGAGAUGGUUGGUUCCAUCCUGUAAUUGAUUGUAUUUGUUCUCGACUACUGGUUUGUUGUGUAAAAUGGUCAGUCAUAUAUUUGUCGAACAGAUUAUUUCUUAUUUUCAAAUAAAUGCCCUGAAUUUGAAUUCGGGGCUCUUUUGCCCA